UGUUUUGGUAUUUGUAUUCAUUUUGGUUCAUUCGUUUGGAGAAACACGGUGCACUGGAACCUUUGGGAGAGAAUUUUUCAUAGGUAUACCAAAAGCGUGGAGCAAUCUCCAUCCAGGGUUUUCACUUCUAAUUACCUCCAACACAUCUGGAUCAGCAACAAUAUACAUGCCACAUUUAGGCAUUAAUACUACACGUAGUUUUAAUCAAAGUUUAGAAUACAAGGUAACGGGUGACACCAUUACAAAAGUAAAUACAACAGUGGAACACAAAGGUAUACAUGUGACCACUGAUGUCGACGUCACACUUACUGUGAUGAAAUAUGAAAGUAGUACAUGGGAAGGUUUUUUGGUACUUCCGAGGAUAAUGUUAUCUUCGAAAUACAUUAUUUCGUCAAUGGACUCGGUUUCAGGUUAUCAUUAUAAAAGUCAUUUUCUCGUUCUUGCCAUCCAUGACAACACUUCUAUCAACAUAAAUAUUGGCGCACAUGUAAUAAGAGAAUCGAUGGAUAGACUUGAUACGUAUCUCUUUAUGCGAAUUAAAGAUUUAAGUGGAGUAAUUGUUAGCAGUACCAAACCUAUUGCGGUCUUCUCUGGACACGAAGCUACAUCAGCACAAAAGACAUGUUCUGAGUUAGAAAAUUUCGUAGAAAACCUUUUGCCAACCAUAUAUUUCGCUCAAGAAUUUAUCGUUCCCCCAGUACCGCCAAAAUCACAAUAUGUAGUGCGAAUAUAUAGUUCAUCUCAAAACACAUCUAUAACAUUUCAAAAUACAACGAAACAAAAUAAGCAAGUCCUUUUGACAGCUGGUGAUUUUUAUGAAAUUUUAAGUGAUAAUGACUCAAUGUGUGUUUCUGCAAACAAACCUGUCCAGGUGAUGUUGUACAGUACAUGUUAUAACGAUGCCAAUAUUGGCAAUGGAUUUAUGUCUAUAGUCCCGGCAAUCAGUCAAUAUAGAAACUCCUAUCAUUUCUCCGUUAUUGCAACCAGAGAAAAUUUUACCCAUUAUCUUACAAUCAUGGCAAAAACUGAGGAUAUAUCUGGACUUAGAAUCAAUGGAAACCAAAUGGGAAAUAUCUUUCAGAGCUAUGUGACACACGCAAACAAUGAAACGUUUACUGUUAAUGUAUACAAAUUGUCAGCCGGUGAAUAUCAUCUGUAUCACGUGACCGGUAGAACAUUUGGAGCAAUACAAUAUGGCUUUUAUUUAUGGGUUGCUUACGGAUACCCACUGGGGAUUGAGGUUAACAAAGAAAGCAUAGGGAAUGACGAACUAAGGUGUUUCCACUGUAAGGAUAUGACUCAUUUGUACCUCUGUGACACCGUUACUAAAUGUUCGAGCGGCCAGGUAUGUCAUGUGGAGACCUAUAGAACCAACAGUGGGCAAGUGAAGUACAACAGCGGAUGCUUGGCCUCCGAGGUAAACAAACAAUCAACUAAACAUACAUACACAGUGAAACACACAACCACGCACGCACGCAUACACACAUAUUGUGAAAUGUGUUUGGUUUUCACCAUAAUACAAAUUGAAAGAAAAU